AUGGCCGCGUCCACCCUGUCCGUCUGCUCCAGCGACCUGAGCUAUGGCAGCCGCGUCUGCCUGCCCAGGGCCUCGGACUCCUGCCCCGACUCCUCCUGGCAGGUGGACGACUGCCCAGAGAGCUGCUGCGAGCCCCCGUGCUGCGCCCCGGCGCCCUGCCUGACCCUCCUGUGCGGCCCCUCCUCCCCCUGCCAGGGAGACUGCUGCACCCCUGCGUGCUGCAAGCCCGUCUGCUGCACCCCUGUCUGCUGCAAGCCCGUGUGCUGCACCCCUGUCUGCUGCGAGGACUCCCCCUGCUCAGCCCCCUCCUGCUGCCAGCCCAGCCCCUGCUGCAGACCCUCCUCCUGCGUGUCCCUGCUCUGCCGCCCCGUGUGCAGGCCCGCCUGCUGCACCCCUGUCUGCUGCAAGCUGUUCUCCUGCACCCCUGUGUGCUGUGAGGACUCCCCCUGCACAACCUCUUCAUGUUGCCAGCCAUCCUGCUGCACCUCCUCCCCCUGCCAGGAAGACUGCUGCAAGCCCGUCUGCUGCACCCCUGUCUGCUGCAAGCCUGUGUGCUGCACCCCUGUGUGCUGCGAGGACUCCCCCUGCACAACCUCUUCAUGCUGCCAGCCCAGCCCCUGCUGUAGACCCUCCUCCUGCGUGUCCCUGCUCUGCCGCCCCGUGUGCAGGCCCGCCUGCUGCGCCCCUGCCUCCUCCUGCCGGUCCAGCUGCUGCCGCCCUGCCUCCUGCGUGUCCCUGCUCUGCCGCCCUGUGUGCCCCCGCCCUGCCUGCUGUGGCCCUGCCUCGGGCCAGUCCUGCUGCUGA